AUGCCGUCCUUCUCAGCAAGUCGCCAGGGCCGCCCGAAGCCAUCCAACAUCGUCUUCGGACGAAGACGCUCCGACGAAAAGUCGAUGCCUUCGCCUUCGUUCAACAGCUCCAUGUCGCUUGGCAAUGUAGAAGAUGUGUUUAACGACUCAUCUCGAUCCGUGGAUCGCCUUCGGCAUCAUUACUUGGCAUUGCCGUCGACUCCGUCCACCCUCUGUGGUGGCAGCUCCCCAGGUACGCGCACCGAGCGUCUUCCGAGUCUCACGGAUCUGUUCCAUCACGACAUUCUCUCGCCUCCGAGCAGCGGCAUCCACGCUCUGAGCUCGGCUCGAUCGGAUCAAGGAGGAGAGAUCAUGCAACGCAACGGGUCUAUGUCAUCGGCCACUUCGGCACAUAGCCAACAGUGGGUUUCAUCCUUCCAUCACGACCGCGGCGCCAACUCGAUCGGUCCACCUGCUACGCCGCUUUCUCCUUUUUUCGCACAACCAAAUGCAGGACCAACUGUAUCACCAACGAAUGUGUCUCCUGAUCGCCGGUCUGAUACCAUCAUCGGCUACAGCGAUGGUCAACGCACUCCGAGAGCGUCGCCAAGGUCCUCUUGCGGUUUCACAGUUCCUUCGAACCGUGAUGGGAGCUCUCCAAUCUGUCCUGGAGCGCCCUUGAUUGGGGUACAAAGCCGGGGCCACUUCGAAACACAGACAUGGCAAUAUCAGCGCGAGGCUACUUCGUUGGGAUCCUUCCCCGGAGUGCAGCGUCGAAGCCCGUAUGGAAGGAGCCUCCACGCUCAGCUCCCAGCGGAAGUGCUCUCUGCAGAACGAGCGAAAAUGUCCAGACUUGAGACCGAGAUGCCCAGGGUAGCUGGACUGAGCGGUCUUGGCAUCUACAUGGACGACGACAAGAUCCAGUCGCCCUUCAGGAAGUUGCAGGGGGCAGUCUCGGAACGCGCCCUACCAGAAGGAGCCUCAACACCAAGCUAUCAGGUAACAAUGGACAAGCACACAGGCCUGACACCAAUGGUGAAGGCCUCGAAAGUCAGCGAUGCAUCGCACACGCCCACACGAUCCAAGGCGAAAAGGUCGCCCAGCUCCAUCAAAACCUUAUCGUCGGAGAAGUCUAAGUCUGCUCACACAAAGUCAAGUCCAUCCGAAACAGCAGCAAAGAAGAAGGUCGAGGCUGCCAAAACGCCACUGAACAAGUCGAGACCCUUGUUCCGUCUCGACACAGGCUCUGGAAAGAAGUCCAAGCCCAAGGGGCACAAGAUGAGUCCCAACGCAUCGCCGUGGGGCGUGUUUGGUGCCAAGGACGGGUGGAAACCGCUCGCACCACCGAACGUAUCCAGAGCUAUUGCCGAGGCGAACAAACUUGUGCUGGAAACAGCGUCGACCAACAAGGAUCGCUCUUUGACACCAAGCAAGACAUCGCCGACGAGCAAGAGACAGGCUAAGAGUGCCCCGGAAAUCUCAAGCCCGUCGAAGCGCUCCCGCACGGACGAAUCGCUGAUUGCGUCAUCGUCACCGUACAAAGAGAACGUAGCGCCGUCUGUUCGAUCUCUUUCUCCGUCCAAGCGCGCACACAUGCUUUCGCCGUCGCACCGCAACUCUCCCACUGCGUUGCCCCUCUCCAUGAUUCGUUGA